UAGCGGCGCCAGGCGGGCAGCAGGCAGGCAGCUCCGUGUGGCUCUAACGAGCGGCUAGCUGCCUAGCUAGCGAGUUAGCAGCACUCCAACUGCAUGCCCUGACAGAAAACUGCUCCAUCCCAGCUCUUUAACGGGCCAUGCGGUGCCCAGUAGCCCGCGCAUGCGCAGUACAAACCGGACGAUGACAUCAUCUGAGUAACCGGGCGGCCGACUGAAGGCGCCACACCGGUAGAGGGAGCCAUUUCUUUGCGCCUUUCUCAGAGAAAGAACCAGGUUCUGUGUUUGUUUUUGUUUUAUUGCGUUAGCCUUACUAAAUACAUCGAUUCACCAUAGGAAAUCUAUAAAUAAAAAAAUAUUAAAAAAGACAUAAUGAGUAACCUGUAACUGUUCAUCAUACAUACGUUCCGUUUGGCCUGUAUCCUGUUUACGCUUUAUCACCGUAGGGGGCGCUGUGCACCUAUUCAGCUGGUUUACAACCGCUCAUUAAAUCCACCGAAGAAGUAAACGCGGAAGAAUUGGCGACUCGGCGAGGCACUUAUGUAAUGAUGGUGUGGAAGGAGAUUCCAGCAGACAAUAUCACCCGUCCCUUGGGUCGCAAUGAGGUUAUCGGUUUACUUUUCCGCCUUACGAUAUUUGGUGCCGUCACCUAUUUUACAAUAAAGUGGAUGGUGGACGCUAUUGAUCCAACAAGAAAACAAAAAGUUGAAGCACAGAAGCAGGCAGAGAAACUCAUGAAGCAGAUUGGAGUACAGAACAUUAAGCUGUCUGAGUAUGAGAUGAGCAUUGCAGCCCAUCUGGUGGACCCAUUAAGUAUGCAAAUUACAUGGCGUGAUAUAGCUGGCCUAGAUGACGUCAUAACCGAGUUGAAGGACUCAAUCAUUCUACCCAUCCAGAAAAGUCAUCUGUUUGAAAGGUCAAAGCUGCUUCAGCCUCCCAAAGGAGUGCUACUCUACGGUCCUCCGGGCUGUGGAAAAACUCUGAUAGCCAAAGCUACAGCCAAAGAGGCCGGUUUCCGGUUCAUAAACCUGCAGCCCUCCACUCUGACGGAUAAAUGGUAUGGCGAGUCCCAGAAACUGGCCGCAGCUGUCUUCUCACUGGCCAUCAAGCUCCAGCCCUCCAUCAUCUUCAUUGAUGAAAUUGACUCCUUUUUAAGAAGCCGAUCCAGCUCGGACCAUGAGGCUACUGCCAUGAUGAAGGCUCAGUUCAUGAGCUUAUGGGACGGACUAGACACGGAUUACAAAUGCCAGGUUAUAAUUAUGGGUGCCACCAACCGCCCUCAGGAUCUGGACUCGGCAAUACUUCGCAGAAUGCCCACUAGAUUCCACAUUAAUCAGCCUAAUGUCAAUCAGAGAGAAUUGAUACUGAAGCUCAUCCUGGAGAAUGAGAAUAUUGAGCGUGGCGUGGACCUGCGUGAAAUAGCAAAGGGCACAGAUGGCUUCUCAGGAAGUGACCUCAAAGAGAUGUGUCGAGAUGCAGCUCUCUUCUGUGUACGGGACUUUGUGCAUGCUGAGGACAGGUCAGAAGACGACUACAUCCGACCCAUCCAGCAGACUGACCUGCAAAAAGCCAGUGAAAAGAUGAAAAAGUCCAAAACGGCAGGAAUAGCAAGUAUGCUGCUGGAUACAGCUCUGGACUGAUUCUGAUACUACUGGCCAGGGUAAAUUAUUCCCCAGAAGAUCAUAAUAAAUUUUGUAAGUUUAAAAUGUUUAUCAUAUAAUAUGGUUUGCCUAAGAAGGUGCUCUUGAAACAGCAUAUUUGGUCCAUCAACUUUCUCUUUGCAAUAUGUCUUUUUUGCUCUGUUUUUGCCACAUCAUAUUCUAUGCCUUUUAGGUAUUCGCUUUGCUAAGCACUUGCUGCAUGGUGUUUUAGGAGAAUAUUUAUAUAAUUGUACAGGCAACGUGUAUAUAAAGAACCUAGGCCAUAAUUAAUUUCAGACAGUAAAAAAAUAACGGAUAAGGAAGGGAAUAGGAUUCCCUUGUAUUUCUUCUACUUGGUUCAUUUAGGGAAGUAUGUUUACAGAUAGAGUGGAUUAUAUAAGUGUACACACCCCUGUUAAAAUUAGCAUGUUUUUGUGUUGUUUAAAAAUGUGAUAUAGCAACCAAUAAAUUUCCUUCUAAAGCCAUUCCUUUGUUAACUUUUGUGCUUUGAGUCAUUAGUGUGCAGGAAGGUGAAAUUUUCCUUCAGCUGUCCAACCGGAGGCCUGCAGGUUUGUAUGCCAAAAAUAGAUGCUGCCACCACCAUGCUUCUCUGUAGGUAUUAUGAAUUAUGGCCACAAGGUUCUAACUUGGUCUCAUCAUUUAGGAGCCUGUUCUCGGUUGUCACUGUGCUGCCCCAUUUUCUACACUCGUUGGUGAUGGCCUUCCUGGUGUUUCAUAGUAAAUUCAUACUGAUUGAUAGAUUUUAAUAAUGAUAUCCCGUACAGACUUUGUAAGCACAUCGUAUACAUGGUUUCAGCAGUCAGAUGAAACCAAGAUGAUGUCAAGAAAAUCCUACAGAAAUAGCUAAUAUUUAUUUGGGGUUCAUCUGAGUCACUGAAUGGGAUUGGUUAACUCCGAGUACAGCCACCUGCUCCAUUAUAAAAGGGUGUGCACACUUGUACAAGGUACUAGGUUAUUGUAGGUUUUUAAUUUUUCUUCCUAAAACAUUUUUGUUUUUCACUUGUAUUAUGUUGGUUGCUGUGUCACAUUAAAGGUGUAAAAAUAUCGGA